AUGAAAAAGUUCCUUACCAAAACACUGCUUGCUGGAGGUGCAGUGUGCUUUUUAAUGUUUAUUCCCUUCAUUGUUUUUCUCUCAUUGAAUGCUCACCUCUUUCCAAUGUUUUUCACCUAUUCCAAUGACAAGGCACUGCUAAAUCCAGACAAACACCCAUCCACCGUUUCCGAAUUGAAAGAUCUUCUCGAAAAAGUAGUACCUGUUUACUUGACCAUGUAUAAUCUUCCUGGAGUCGCAAUUGCAGUCAUCUCUGAGAGCAAAGUCCAAUAUAUGAAGACAUUUGGCUCAUGUGGACGAGCCCUUUUCGAUGAAAACACUUUGUUUAAAGUAGGAUCCUUAUCAAAGACAUUUACUGCUUGGGGUGUCAUGACACUUGUACAGAAAGGACUCAUACAAUUGGAUGAUCCAAUUCAAAAACAUAUGCAUUCAUAUACUCUUCCACCACCUUAUAAUCCUGGAUGA